AUGCAAAUCAAAGAUGAAGGAGCGCUGACGUUCCCUGGUAAAUUGAAGGGAGACCCCAACAAGAGGCCAAGGGCCAAGUAUUGUCGCUUUCAACGAGACCACGAGCAUGACACAACCAACUGCUACGACCUGAAACAGCAGAUUGAGGCCCUUAUCAAACAAGGGAAGCUACAGAGGUUCGUCAGCAAGGAAAGAACCGAUCCACCGCAGGAACAAGCCCCACGAAGGGAGAACGAGCACCCGAGACCACCUAUAGGGGACAUAAGGAUGAUCGUAGGGGGCAUAACCGCAGUUAGAUCUUCCAAAAAAGCCCGCAAAACUUACCUUAGAAUGGUCCAUAGUGUCCAACUUACAGGAUCCGUGCCCAAGAUGCCACGAAUAGAUAACCCCAUCAUUGAAUUUUCAGAAGAUGACGCUCGGAGACUUCACCAUCUUUAUGAUGACGCACUUGUGGUCAGCUUGCAAAUAGGGGAUUAUAACAUGCAUCGGGUUCUCGUCGACAAUGGCAGCUCAGUAGACAUCCUGUACUAUCCAGCAUUCCAGCAAAUGAGAAUUGACAGGGAACGAUUAACCCCAACGAAUGUCCCACUCGUGGGAUUUGGGGGAAUGAAGGUGUUCCCCUUGGGCGCAAUGACACUAUCUGUAACGGCAGGUGACUAUCCUCAACAGAUCACUAAGGAGGUCACGUUUCUCGUAGUCGACUGCUCGUCCGCCUACAAUGCCAUUAUCGGACGACCCACUCUCAAUUCCUGGAAGGCAGUGACUUCAACAUAUCACUUAAUGAUUAAAUUCCCGACGGAGUACGGGGUGGGAGAACUACGAGGAAAUCAAAUAGCAGCAAAGGAAUGCUAUAUUGCCAUGUUAAAAAUGGAGGAUCAACAGCAGGCAAGAUGUAUCAGAGAGCAAUGA